UCUUAGUUUGAAUUUAUACUAGAUAGUUACUUUAGUGAAAUUCAAUUAUUUAAAUAACAAUGCGGUGGUGUUUAACUUUUCUAGUUUCUAUAGCCAUUUGCUUGGAGAUAACCCAAGCCGCGCCCUUACUGGAACGAAAUAAAUUUGUUCUUUACUACGGACGAGAUUCUUCCGAAGUGUUCCCGCUAUCAAAUGCUGUCGAUAUUUUAUCUAGCCCGAAUUUCGAUCAAUCAAAAAAGACCGUCAUUUAUAUUCAUGGCAAUAACGAAGACCAAACAUCAGUUAGCGUCAAAACUGUCGUGAGCGCUUACCUUCAAAGAGAUGAUUAUAAUAUCAUCGCUCUAGACUGGAAGGAAGAUGCAUCUGGAGAGUAUCUUCUCAAUGCUGUUGCUAAUGUGAUGAGGUUAGGAGACACUCUCUCUAAAGUUAUUGCAGACAUGAUAGCAGCCGGUCUUAAUCGUGAUAGACUUCAUUUAGUUGGAUAUUCGCUGGGGGGCCAAAUGGUAGGAAGAAUUGGCGCAGGAUUAAAACGAAGAUCGAGCAGAAAACUCGUCUUAAGGAGAAUUACCGCAUUAGAUCCGUCGUUUACCGGGUUCUAUGGUCCAUUCACCAGUCAUAUCACAAAAGACGAUGCGCAAUUUGUAGAUAUAAUCCACACAGACGCUUACCUUUAUGGUUUUCCAGAAAAUGCAGGCACUGUCGACUUUUGGCCAAAUGGUGGAAAUUCCGUACAACCAGGAUGUCCUAGAAGGAAUUACAUCCCCAUGACAGAAAAUGAUUUGUGCAGCUCCUGGCGAUCAUGGCGAUAUUGGGCCGAAAGUGUUGCUCGGCCGACUGUCCAAUUUAAUGCUAUCCAAGCGGCGAACUGGGGGGCCUUCAAAAAAGGAAAUGUUGCUGAAUACGAUCAAAAUGUGGUUAUGGGCAACGAUUGUCCUGAAAACAUUAGCGGUGUUUAUUACUUGCAAACCAAUAGCGAAAGCCCAUUUGCACGUGGAGAAAAAGGUGUUAACUACAAUCGUAAUAACGGAAAUUCAGUAGAUGAAAACGAACUCGAAGACUAGAUGGUUUUAUGUAUACUCAUGAUCAAUCGGAAUGAACUUAUAACAGAACUUUUACGUUCAUAUAUAUUUUGUGAUUAUUAAAUUUUAGUUCUUAAAGUCAGUAAUAUAAUUCAAGCAACAUAA